AUGAUCCUUCCCCUGCAAUUUGUUCCAAGGCGGAGCGAAGAGCGCGGCCACGCUGAUCACGGCUGGCUCAAAGCCUUCCAUACUUUCUCGUUUGCGGGAUAUCAAGACCGUUCACAUCAACAGUACGGACCUCUUCGUGUGAUUAAUGAGGACCGUAUAGCGCCUCGGAAAGGCUUCGGCAACCAUGGUCACGAAGAGUUCGAAAUCUUCUCCUAUAUCGUUUCUGGACAGCUCGAGCAUAAAGACUCGAUGGGCAACACCGAAAUCCUCAAACGGGGUGACAUUCAAAUGACCUCGACUGGAACUGGAAUCACCCAUUCAGAAAAGACAUACGGCUCUAAAUCAGUCCAUCUUCUUCAAAUUUGGGCCAUUCCCUCUCAAUCGCGUCUCCAACCCAAAUAUUAUACACGACACUUCUCCGACGAUGACAAACGCGAUAAAUGGGCUCGGGUGGUUGCGCCUAUAUGGUCUGAAGGCGUCAAGUCCUCAGAAAGGAAUGAAGACGGGCCCACACCUAUCAACAGUCAACUAACCCUCUACGCCACCAUCCUCAGUCCUGGGAGCAACCUGAAAAGGCAUUUGGAGGGCCGCAAAGCUUACGUCCAUGUUAUUCAGACGAGUGGGUCCCGAGAAGGCGAGGGGGCUGGCGCUACGGUUCAGCUCGAUGACGCCUUUGGGGGUCAGCUUGACUUACGGGAGGGAGAUGGGGCGUAUGUGAAAGUCAACACACAGGGUGCAGUGUUGACGGUUCGUAAUACAGGCGAUAGACCCGCAGAAGUUCUUGUCUUCGACAUGGAGUAA